CAUGGAGUUCAGGACAACAUUCGUAAACAGUAUCAAUUCGGAGCAUUGCCAGUGGGGAGGUUCCGCUGUUGCCUCGUUGCAGGCACGGCUGCCUUCUGCUCCCAAAUCCUAUCCAGAUAUCAUGCAGGCUGAGCUUCAAGCUACUCAGAGCAACCGCAGUGUCGGUCAGCCAUCAGUGCAUCGAAAGCCUGGGAACCAUGUUGGUGCGUGACUUGAUUAGCAUAUGAAUUGCCAGCCAGCUGUCAUCAGACUCCUGACGACGGCGCUUGACGCAGCAAUUUCUCGGCGACGUGGUGCACAGACGCGCCUAAGUAUGGAUGAUCGACCUGACGCUGACACGUUAUCAAUGCUAGAGUACUACCAUUCUAAGGCGGCUGCAUCUGGGUUUGGCGCACUCUACUCUUCCUCAUCCUCGUCCUCAGAUGACAUCAGGUCGUCUUCAUCGGAUAGCCAGUAUUCCCGCGGAGAAAGGUCAAGGUCCCCUUCACCAGCACGGAACAACAACGGCAACGACGGGGACAAGGCUGACAGAAAGAGACGAUCAUCUAUGGUGACCGUUCGCGGCGAUGCCAAUGCGGAAAUAUCUGUCCUGGCUUCGCAGUCAGUUUCAAAUGCCCCUGGCGGUGCUAUUAAACGUCGGCCCAGCGCUCGCGCAGCUCGAAACGCAGAUAACCGCAGACUCGCAAUUAUGGAAUUGAACUCUGCACCGCCUUCUGAACACACUUCAUCGCUGGACAAUAUCAUGUCGGGUCAGAAUCAGAUACGGUCACUCAACAGAAACAACUCAUUAUCUUCAAGGCGAGGUAUGAUGCUCAAACUUCAUCAAUCAGGUAUUCGCAGAAACAGACGCUCAAGCAAUCCACGUGUUGUGAAUCCAGGUAUGCAUCAGCCUCGUGUAGCGCUCGUGGCACCGCCAGAUGUAGCACCUUCAUCCUAUACGAAUUUGACCCCAUAUCCGGCCCAUCGAAGUGGCACUCAUGAUGAUAUUCCCACUCGCCCCUAUCUCGCCCAUCGACGCGCAAGAAGCCAUGAGCCAAUAUCUUUCUCCACUCCUGAACUUCAGCCUGCUUAUGAAGGCAGAGGAGAUGCGGAGCAGAAGCCGCAAUUUGCGCUUGAAGCGAGCCGACCGCGCGUUACAGCACAGCACGAGAUGACACAUGCGAGCACGAGGCCGGAGUCGGAUUCCCGCGAGACUCUUUAUAGUGCUGACGUCGACGAAGCUUCGUCUUUUGAGCCUCCGGUCAUAGAGUCGCUUGUUCAGACCGCGGACCUUCCGCACCCUCAACUCUCGGAGUCCCCAUCAUUACAAUCAGGGUUGGAGUGGGUCACAACUUCACCUUCCACCGACACAGUAGUCCAAAGCAAGGACGCAGACACGGAAAUCGCCAGCCCGGUGAUCCAUACCUUGCAGAUGGCUUGGCCAGCAACCAACCUUCAACCGCAGCCUUUCCAGAUAACUUAUGGCGGUGCACCUCCAGUUAGUGCAACAACACACACCCAAGUGUCACGGGCGUCUCCUAUCCCUACGUUCUCUCCGGACAUGCCGUACAUGUUUUUCGAUUCAGCUCUUCACGGUGCUGCUGGACCACCACCUUCCCUUCCAAAAGCUCUUCAGCCACCCCGCCGGUCCCCUGCUCCAGGAUCAUUGCUGUCCUCUGCGCCAGCGCCCGCCACUUCCACAUCAGUGCAAGCAGCAGGUGUCCCAAUAAUGUCAUCGCCGGCGGCGAACACACCAGUGUCGAUAUCAUCCGCUUCGACGUCCCCUGAGACCAUGAUGUUGACAGUCCCCCUGGUCCCUUCAUCGCCUGCCCAAAUAACUGGACCACCGGCACACUACCAACAAGAAACUCGACCAUUUUCUACUCCCCUGACUACCACAAUGAAUCAUCCUAUUACACCAAUCUCUCCACCUCCCCGUCCUCCCCGUAUGUCCUCCCCUCCUAGGAAAAACAACUAUCCCGAUCUUGCCCAAAAUUACCCAUCAAUCCAUGGUGUCCAACUGUCUCCGGCGGCGCCUAGUGAGAUGCAGUCUAUCGUGUCUGAGGCUAUCCCCCAGUCUCCCAUAGAGCUCGAGUCUCCACAAGCCACUCAAAUCCAAGUUCGCCACACAAGACAGCGUACCUCAUACGAUAGCGGCAAAUCUAGUGUGAGAUCUCGACCUCUUCCUACGCCACCUACGGUCAAUCGAUCUUUAUCACAAGGUUCUGUGGUAACUUCGUCAUCCGUUCGUUCCCAGACAACACGGCUCAGCGGUAUGAGCGAUUCUAUUUACAGCAAUAGUUCGCAUCCAACGCGGCGAGUAUCGGAUAGUGCAUACGAUGAUGAUUUCGUGAGCCAACAGAUUGAAGGUCCAAAAACUCCUCCGGGCGAUGAUCCCAUUAUGUUUUCAUCUCCGGAGAAGAUUUCCUCGUUAUCGUCCUCACCACCCUCACAUAACCACUUCCGUGAACCUUCCAGCGUCAUAUCCUCUAAUCCUCCUUCCCCUCCACCAAAAGAAUUACCCGCCAUACCUAUCGCUCCGCUCUCUCCAACCCGGGGAGAUACCAUUGAUGACCUGGUUGCUGUGGUGGAUGAUGCCAUGGAUGACAUGGGAUUAAACAGUGUGGCGCCCUCAUAUGCUGCGCAAGCCUCUUGGUACGAAAACGAUAACCCUCCCGAUUCCAGCGAACCCACUGUUGAACUUCGUCAAUGGGAUAGCUCCAGUAGCCUUGAUACCAGCUCUUACGUUCAUGCGCAAAUCACGGAUGCAACGAGUAUCUCUAGGACCUCUUCCCGUGAAGCGUGCAAUGAUCGGACGAAUACACUAUCCAUGACCAGCGUCCACACACCUCCACCUACCGGAGGUUCCGAUCAGGACCAUUCUAGUGAACGUUCUGAAGAUGCGCACCGCAUUGGAUCGUGCGGCUGGGUACGCUGAAAAAAUUAAUGAGCUUGCGGCUGAGGAUUGUGGGCUUGAGGCCUGGAUUCUUGGUCUCAAUCAGAAGAAAAAAGUGGGCCGAUCUCGCCCUGCUGAAGACAAUGAAAGCGAUACACUUGGCCCAUUAUCAUCGUUUGCUCGCCCAGGUGGUGCAAAACUUCGUCGUCGAAUGUCCCACAUGUCCCGUACUUCU